AUGGCGGAGGUACAAUCACAACCCGCAGCGCAACAGCAAGCGCAGCAGCCGAUGCUCCAGACUCAGAAAGUGUCGGACAUCAUCCGGAGCUUUCGUCCGGCCAAGGCAUUUCGACCCUCGAAGCAGGAACCUGCCAACUAUGUGACGUCUUUGGAUUUCGAUGAUCAGGGCGAUUACCUGGUGGCUUCUGGUGACGACGAUAUGAUUCAGGUUUUCGACAUCAAGGAGGGCAAGUCUACAAAAUCGGUACCUAGCAAGAAGUACGGAGCUCAUCUGGCGAGAUUCACGCACCAUUCCCGUCAAGUUCUUCAUGCGAGCACGAAAGUCGAUGAUUCAUUGCGGCUGCUUGACCUACAUAAUGAAGGAUAUGUGCGGUAUUUCUCUGGCCAUACUGAUAAAGUCACCUGCUUGGCUCUAUCCCCUGGCGGUGAUUCGUUCAUCUCGUGCUCUAAGGACGAUACCAUCGCACUAUGGGAUCUAGGCUCCAGAAACGCCCAGGGUAGGCUGAACCUUGCAACGCCGUACCUUGUUGCCUUCGACCCAUCGGCGUCGGUCAUUGCAGUCGCUUCGCAGUCCACUUCCUCCAUCAUGCUAUAUGAUCACCGCAAUUACGACAAGUCUCCUUUCUCAACUUUCGAUCUUGCGCCCCACGAGGAACGAUACACUCCGUCAACGCGCGGAAGAGCAUGGACCCGACUUGAAUUUUCCAACGACGGGAAGUACUUGCUGGUGGGCACAGAUUAUCAUGGACAUUUUGUUCUCGAUGCCUUUGAUGGAUCCGUGAAAGCAUUCUUAAUUGGUCGGGCUGGAUCCCCGGGUCGGGCUGCGCCCGUUUCCACCACUGGAAAGCCUCUGGGACAGGGAGAUGCGUGCUUCUCGCCCGACGGGCGGUAUGUCAUCGGUGGCUCUGGAGAUCAGCCGGACAUCUUGGUAUGGGACCUACAGCAGACUCCUGAUGCCAACGGCUUGCUGCAGCCAAUGGCGAAGCUGCCCCACCGUGGCCGAGUUGCCCUCGUGGAAUACAAUCCCCGCUACAACAUGUUGGCAUCCGCCGACAAAGAAGUCGUCUUCUGGCUCCCAGAGGACGGUUCCCGGCCUGCCGAGAAGUAA